UGACAAGUGUCCGCCAGCCUGCUUCGGCACAUUUUAUCAUGAGCUGAAAGGCGCAGUAUGUUUUAGCAUGAAGAGACAUAUAUGCGAAGAGGCGCUCCUCACACCACCCAACGCUUGACUGAAGCCAUGUGAGAUGGAUCUGCAUCUCCGGGGGUCAGACAUGGUGCACAAACUUCUGCUGCCCAUCGCUGUAGCAGCAAGCUUUAUCCCACCUGGGCUGUGUGGUUCAACAGCAAACACGAAAAAAACUCAAGUGAAAAAUAACUCAGGUGUCACCCCUGCUGGACAGUGUGGGUCUUGGGUGAAGGAGCCCAGUGGAGGGUACUUCACCUCUCCAAAUUACCCUGAGAAAUACCCACCGGAGAGGGAAUGCAUCUACAUUAUAGAAGCGUCGCCUCGACAGUGCAUCGACCUGUUCUUCGAUGACAAAUACUCUAUUGAGCCAUCCUGGGAGUGCCGCUUUGACCACAUUGAAAUCCGCGACGGGCCCUUCGGUUUCUCUCCAAUCAUUGGCCGGUACUGCGGGCAGGAGAGCCCUGCCUACGUCCGCUCCAGUGGGCGGUACCUGUACAUCAAGUUUGUAGCUGAUGGUGAACUGGAGGCCAUCGGGUUUUCAGCCCGGUAUAACUUCACACAAGAUCCUGAGUUUGAAGAAAUUGGGGAGUUACCUGUUCUCCCAGCUUGUGACUUCGAGCUGAGUGGUCCGGAGGGCUUUGUGGAAUCGAUACAGAUAGCCAAAGAAGGCCGAGCGCAGCUGACCGAAGCGGUGGACUGCAGGUGGUACAUCAGAGCCCCGCCGAGAGCAAGGGUCUACAUGCGUUUUCUAGAGUAUGAAAUGCACAACUCAAAUGAGUGCAAGCGCAACUUCGUCGCCAUCUAUGAUGGGAGCAGUGGAGUGGAGCACCUGAAGAACAAGUUUUGCUCCACAGUGGCCAAUGAUGUCAUGCUGUCGACCUCUGUGGGUGUGGUGAGGCUCUGGGCGGAUGAGGGGAGCAGGAAGAGCAGAUUUAAGAUCCUCUUUACGACUUUCCAUGAACCUCCGUGUGAAGGAGAGGCCUUCUUUUGCCACAACAACAUGUGCAUCAAUAACACCCUCGUCUGCAAUGGUGUCCAGAACUGCGUUUACCCAUGGGAUGAGAACCGGUGCAAAGAGAAGAGGAAGGCAAGCAUCUUGGAUACGCUGGACAACACCAACCUGACAAUCAUUGGGAUAACGUGCGGUCUGGUCGUCAUCCUGCUCAUCAUCUCUGUCAUCAUUCAGAUCAAGCAACCUCGCAAGAAAUACGUCAUACGCAGAGAUGACUGCGAUCCAGCUCUGCUACACCCGGGUUUUGAGCCCCCACACUACGAGCUCUGCACCCUGCGCCGCGCCCCUUCUGUUGACCUGACUGACGCCGCCCUGGCAGACGACUUCGAAAAGUUCCACAAACUCCGCCGUUCGGAAAGCAAGUGCAUCCGCGACCACCACUGCGGCUCUAACCAUGGAAGCAUCCAUGGCAGUAUCCAUGGUAGCCGCAGCAACCUGAGCCUGAGGGAUGCCACCAUUGCACCCGACGGAGGGUCCACUGGACCCCCGAUGUCUCCGAUGAUGGUGAAGCAGAUGUCGCCGCACCUCUCUCACCACAACACGCCGGCGGGCCGACGGAGCAUCCUGGUGAUGAAGCACAGCUACUCGCAGGACGGGGCGGAGGCGUACAGGGCGGAGGAUGAAGAGGAUGAAUUCAUGAUGGAUGCCGGUCCCACCACCAGCCAACACCACAUGCACCACCACCAGAUCCAUCACGGCACCUCAGGGUUGGACCACGCUUUCCAUCGUGCGCUAUCGAAUGACUUCUAAUUUAUUGCAAGUUAGGAAAACAGGUUAUACUAAACAAGUUUUUAUUAAAAUUAAUGGGAAAAUUUUACAAAAAAAUAGUAGUAGUGUAAGAUUUACACACUGGCACACCAUCUUACAAAAUGACCUCGCCGCCAAGCGCGUAAUAACUACCACAAUAUCAUAAAUGUGACAAUGUCAACAUGUCCUCCAUGUAUUUGGUACCGAGCUACUGCUAACAGCUACGGUUAAUGUGUGAAAUGGUUUUUGGCACUGUUGCCAAGUCCGUUUAUAAUAAGCAACUUUGGGCUUGUUUUUUUCUAAAGUUGUUUCUGAACGUGCAGUCACUUAUUUGGGUUCUAUAAUAAGCAAUGAUAAAGUUAUAAAGAGACCCACAUGCACUGCUGCGCUACAGACACCUUGAACCGGCCGGCUCAAAUAUCACUCCGUCCCUCUGUGUACACACAUACUCCCUGAGAGGGAGAGGAACGAACUAGCCGUCUCUGCUGGGAGGACAGAGUAGUUGCUGGACUACACUGCCCUAUUUCUAACAUAACGCUACAAAACAACUUCACUGUUAAGUUGAAUUAACUUACCUGUCAAGCAGAAAGUCUGCAACCUCCGCAUCCGUUUUAAAUCCCUGCUCCCUCAUGUAUUGUCUCCACCUGGUAAUAAUAGCCGCGCCAAUAUAGACUCGUUUUCUCCGUUAUUGCUGCUUUUUCUUUUUCUUGGUUACUUACUCUUCCCUCUUACUGGGCAAAGAGUAUUUCAACAGAAAAUAGAACGAUCCACAGCCAUCUUUGCUUGUUUUAUACUCCUGAUCCACUGACAGUGUGUCUUCAUACAGGAGACAGAUAGGGAAAACGCGUAAGCCAGAAGUGGCGACGCAACAUGGCGCCUCCCAGUGUGUGCACUGCCACCUAUUUAUUUAUAAACUACUCAUACUAAGUUAUGGAAACACUUUCAGUUUUGAUGUGAUAUUAUUAGACUUUGGCAUAAUGGGUAUUUAUAAAAGCAAAAGCUGAUUUUUGCUCAUUAAAAGCCAAAUUAGUUACACACUGUCGCGAUGACGCUUUCUUCUCAACAGGUGCUAAUAUCCUUUAAUUCUUAAAACAUAAUACAGAUCCUGUUUGAGAAUUUCUUACUAAAAUUCAUAAUUGACAUUUAGUAAAUGGAAAUAGCAUGCAGACUAUAAAACAUUUUUACUGCAGAUUUUAUUAUAAGCCCCCCUAAACAAAGGACUCAAAUUUAGUAAUGGAUGAUGCUUAGAGCACAACCGACUUAAGAAAAGGAAGAAAGUGAACAAUAACCAGGAUGGGUCAAAGAUAAUGCUCAUUCCACGUGAUCUAAGUUCCCUUAUUUUGUUCCAUGCACUUCUGCCCUUGUACACAAUAUGUUUAUCUAAUGGAGAUUUGUACAUGUUUGGACAUUUUUCCACCUCCAAAGCAAAAACUAAUGUUUUAGUCAAUGUUAGACACCAAGUGUGUUUUCCCUUGAUUGUUAAUUUAUUUGAUUAAAUAUUUUCCCUGAAA